AUCGGGGCGCGGACUCCCGGUGAGGCGCAAGGCGGCGCCCUGCUCGCAAUCUGGCCGCCUUUUCCUUUCCGUUUCCACGAGUUAAGUUUAGAAAUGAAAGUCCGCUCCGCUUUCCCUGCACUGUGCCCUAUUAUUCGGAGCGCAGAGAGAGCAGCAGCAACAGCAGCACGGAUUCGGCUCCUGCGCCUCGCCAUGCUCCGGGCGUCCGGGGACUGCAUGGGGCCGGCACGGUCACAGCCCGGCGCUGCUCUCAUCCAGCCGGCUUCUGUGUGACUAUGGGCGAGUGGUAGGGAGUUUGGGGGUGGAAUCCAAAGAGCAGAGGGAUUCCGGCUAUCCUUAUGGGAUCUAUGCUUAUACAGACAGAUUUUUCCCCCCUUCACUGCAAAAUGCUACCUAUAAUAAUCCUUUAUUUUAUUCAUGAAUUUCGAUUCAUUAAUUUAGAUUUGUUCGGUUACGCUUUAACGUUUUGUCUGUUGCUGGUUUAGUAAAUCUAGUUAAUGUAAACCUGGUUGCGUAUCUUUUGAGCUCAGACUUUUUUCUCCACAUAUAUUUUUUUUAAUCGGAGUAAUUUUCCAUCCAUCUUCUAUCCGGGUGGCGGAGAGAGGUUGUUGUAUUUUUAAUUAUCUCUUGAUCAGAGCCGAUUUGGUUCCCAUGCGAGUUGCUGGACAUUAUGUUUCGUUAUUCAGGUUACUUUCGUUCUGUCAUACUAAGGACCGCUCAUAUAUUUAAGGCAAAGGCUGCCGCUUUAAGGCGCAUUCAGUAUUUUCACCGCGCACCAUAGUAGAGCUGUGCCCACCGGCAGCAUGGGUGAUGCCGCCCCUCCGCAACCCCCGGCCAGCGCCUUCGUCCCGCGGCUGCACGGCGCCAUCGUGGAGCGCCUCCGCGCCCGGAUCGCCCUGUGCCGGAGGCACCACUCCAGCUGCGAGAGCCGCUACCAGCGUGGCCAGGCUGAGAACUCGGACCGGGAACACGAAAGCACGCUGCACCUCCUGAGCAUCGUGCAGCAGGGCUCGGGGAGCCGCAAGGUGAAGGGGAGCCGCGCAUCUGCCCAGCAGCAGGCGGAGAGCAGCGGCCGGCUGAACGGGGAGCAGAAGCCGCAAAGCGGCGCAGGCGCGGAGCCCCGGAGCAGCACGCGGAUCGCCCUUCAUGGAACCUUGAGGAGAAAGAUAGAAGGACAUCCUCCGGAAUACAACCCCAAACUGAACAGGCUAUCAGGCGAGGUUCUAAGCUCCGUCUACAAGCGUCUCUGCGUGGAGGGAAAUGCUCUGGGGGACCCCGGCUAUGUCUUUGGCGAUGAGCCGGCCACAUCCGGAAACCACCUGAUGGGUCACUCUAUGAGCAGGAAGGACAGCGACAGGACCUCCCAGGGUAUCGGAGAGUGCCGGGACCUCUUCAGCUUGACCCUCAAGGAGAUGAAGAAGGAGCCGGAAGAGGUUCACUCAUGCGGUAGCGCCGUUGGCGGAGGAGGAGGCGUGGUCUUUGGCUUCAAGGAGGAAUGCGGUGGUCAGAUCGACCCCGACCUGCAGGAACUCUUUGAUGAGCUCACCAAAUCCGUACCCCCAUUGAGUGACCCGGACUUUGAGAAGAUUCUCAAGCAGGAUGACUCCUUCAGCCUGGAUCUGGAUGGAGCAGGUUCCCUGGCCGUGGGUGAGCCGUGUCCUCCCAUGCAGAAGGUCAUUAAGGUUGAGUACUCGCCCGGCUAUGUGCAGGACCCCGGGGGCUCUCCUGGGCCGGACUUCCCCAUGGCGGCUAGCUCCUCUACAUCUCGCGGUGCCCCGAUAACCGCCGGCUCCAGCCAGGACAGCCAAGGAUCCUCAGGAGCAUCCAGGGGCCUGGCAGCCUGGCUGCAGGUGUCCCAUGCAGAGCAGCUGAAGCAGAUGGCGGCCAACCAGGUGCCCGCCAUGCUGCAUGUCCGCCAGCAGGGGGCGCUCUGUUGGCCACCUGAGCUGUCGACGACACUGGGCCUGGCUGCCGGGUGCCAGUCUGGGAGCAGAACCCAGGGCCCUCCCUUGGCACCUCUGAAUGAGAGCCUGGUCGAGCUCAGCAGACAUGGAGGUCCGAGCUUUAAGGACUGUAAUAGGUCAGACUCUGUCAGCCUGCGGGGCUCCAUGAUGGCCGCCCCCCAGAGGAAGCAGCAGCACUCUAUAGCCGCCCAGAGCCAGAACCCUCCAGGACACUUCCGGAACCAGCACUUACCCAUCCCGGUGUCGCCGGGCCUGGCUCAGAAGAGGCUCACAGGGCUCCAUCUUCAGCCGGACCAGCAGAGACAGGAGAAGAUGAACGUCCCAGACCACCUGGCCUGUCACUUAUCCAACCCUCCUCCCGAUUACAAGCAGCCAAGAGCGAACCUGGCUGAAGUGGUGCAGACUAACCAUUACUCAGGUGACAUUUCUGCAAGCUCCCCGCAGACACCCUUGAGCACUGUGUCCACUCUCAGUGGUUUCUAUGGAAACCAUCUCCUGGUCUGUCAGGACGCCAAGGUGACGGCAUCAUCCAGCAGCAAACGAUACACCAGCGGACCGGAGUACCACCAGGGGGCCUAUGGGCGCCCCACCAACAUGAACCGGCUGGAGCAGCAGGGAGAUCCCCUGCGGCCGGUGACCCGGGAGGGACCCAUGGGGCACAGAGGGGACACCAUGGUGACCAACAGCAUGGCGGCUUCCACUGCCGGCUGGGACCUGCCCCCCGUGCCCAGGGCCUUUCCGGACAUGCGUCACGGCAAUUUCGAGAGCCAUCCGUUCUCCCACAUCGCCAUGGCCAUGCUGCCCGUGAACGGGCUGCCCGUGGGCGCGGCCAGGGAGCCUGUGCCCAGGGUGAGUCAAGUACACAGUCUCACCACAGGGGGGCGCUUUUCAGGCCCAGGCAACACACACGGUCGCCAUAGCGGGAGCCAGAGCCUGAAUUUCCUGCCCGACGGCGAUGGAGUAGGGCCCGGUGGCUCUGCCGAGUCGGACUUUAUCGACUCACUGCUCAAGUCUGGUUCCGGGAACGACGACUGGAUGAAAGACAUCAACCUAGACGAGAUCCUGGGUGGGCACACUUAGCCCGAAGGACGUACGACAUCCCCAGAAACUGAAAUCAUGCCUAUGUCGGCAUGAACUAUGUUUUUAUACUUCAGCUUAACUAUUUUUAACUCUUAUCAGACAUGUAUCCCUAUGUAUAUCCAUAACAUAAGGCAGUUAUUCCAGAGGUAAUCACGUUUUUUUUUUUUUUUUUUUACCCUGUGUAGAGUGAAAGGGCCUUUUUGCACCCAUGCUAAUUGCUUUGUAAAUUAUACCCCUUCAAAGUA